CUUACCCAAAUAUAAAAACCAUCCCUGGCUUUCCCUAAUUUCAUUUUGCCGCCAUCGAAAUACCGCCCUCUCUCCAUCUCUCAACUCUUUUUUCGGUUUCAAAACUUAAUUCUCUUGGUGAUCUAUCUGCAGAUUUCUCGAUCAGGUGUCUCUUAUACACCCUGUUUGUUUUCUCUGGAAGUUUAGGAAAAUUUUAAGUUCCGUCGGCUGAAUCAGGAGAUAUGGAUACGUCAAACCCUGCAGUUUUUGUCAAUGGAGGGCUGCUACGCAUGUACGUGGGACAGAAGGUUCGUGCAGUGGUUCAGGUGUUGCAUUCUGAUGGUGGAUCUGUGAUUGGAAAAUCUACAGAUGACCAUCAGCUAACUGUGAGGGGUUCGGCGCCUGGCUCUCUUACAAAGUUUGUUGAAGUUAUUGGCAUUGCUGAUGGUGAAAAAUCUAUUCGGGCUGAAAUAUGGACCAACUUUGGGGAUACAUUUGAUACAAAUAACUACAACCAGCUCUGUCAGCUUGCAAAUGGGGAGUUCAAACACUUGUUCCUAUGAGAUGUAAGAGAUGAAUCUGAGAUGCAAGAAGGUGUCUCUUUUAACCUCUGGUCCGUAAAUAAGUGGCUAUCCUUUGGAUUUUUAUCCAAUAUCAAAGCUUUGUACUUUAUGUGACUAUCUAUUGGUUCGUCGGUCGAUUUGUGUAAUCUGACCCUGAAUUCAGAAUUAUGAGGUUGAGUAGUAGCGAUAUAUCAUAGUUUACUGUUUGAAAGUUUUGAAGUGUUCUGGAUGCUUUUAGUUAUGCCAUGUGAACAUGUAAAUUUCUUAUUACGUAGUCCAUUAAGAUUAUUCCACCUGUGGACCUGUUGCUCAUUUGAGAAUCGGCUUUCCAAGUGAAUCCUCGUUGAUGUA